GUAUGUUGUGAGCCGGGGGUGAGGGAGGAUAAUUUAAGAAGUACUGACACAAAGUCAUGUGUGGCUGAAAACAAACUCUUGAACUUGUUAAGAUUCUUACAAGAGACGUCUGUGGUUGACUGCAAAACAUUAGACCUUCAUAGAACUGGAAAUAAACGUCUAUGGAAUAGGAAAAGACUGUGGACAACGUGAAGGGUUUUGGUACACUGACGACUCGGCCAGCACUAACAGUCCAGAGUUACGAAAUCGUCGACCCCCAGAAAAAAAGAAAACUUAUUAAAAAAAAAAAUCGUUAAACCUCCCCCCCCCCAAAAAAAAAAAAGAAAUAAUUUAGAAGCUGGAAGAAAUACAAAGAAAAUCCGAAGCAUUUUAGAGCCUGGAAGACAUAGAGAGAUUUUAGAGGAGCCAUGGCAGAAGCUCGUACAAUUGUUAAUUAUUUUUUUUUAAAUUAUAUGAUGAAUUAACCUGUGAGAUGAGGCAGUUGCCGAGAGGAACGCAGAAGGUGACGCCUGGAGGUGGUACCGUCAGCGUCUGCUUCAGGAACAUGAUCCUCUUAACAGUAUUGAUGUUAAUGUCUGCUGGAGGAGCCAGGAGUGUGGACGACUGGAGGACCUCUGAUGACAGGAAGACACUCAGAGAAAGAGACCCCAUAUCUCUCAGGGACGGAGAGGUCGACCCCAUAUCUCUGAGGGGCGGGGAAACCCUGAGUCCCAUGAUGCAUCAGGUUGAUGGGGCUUCUUUUACAGGGCAAGAGAGAGAGCAACAGCGAGAGUUGUGGGAUCUAUCUUCAUUGCAACGGGAGGACCUGACGUCAUUACAACAGGAAGAACAGAGCGAUUCUUGGAGCUUGGCUUCACUAAAACAGGACGACCAGUACAGGUUCUGGGAUCCAAUUCUUUGGCAGAAACAGAGGCGACAGUUGCCUUGGGAUCAGCAGCUUAAGUCAGUGGCAUUAGAUUCGAUUUCCUCUCACGAACAAGAUCAGUGGGAGCUGAACCUACGGGACCUGAGUCUUCAGAAGGUGGCUCCGUCCCUAACGACGACCCUUGAGGACCCCAGCAACGCCCCAUCGGGGCCUUACUUCCUGGAGCCUCCCGCUGUCCAGGUCUCCGUCAGGGCGGGUCAACCAGCCACUCUUACCUGCAUCGUCAAGCAUCUGGGCAACAGACAGGUGUCGUGGAUCAGGGGUCGUGACUUGCACGUACUCAGUUCAGGUGAGGUUACCUUCUCCUCGGACUCCCGAGUACAAGUGUCUCACCUGGGAGACUCAUGGACUCUCAUCAUCAAGUACACACAGAUGAGAGAUGCCGGACCUUACUCAUGUCAGGUCAAUACUCAGCCUCGUCUGGCAUCAUGGUAUAACCUUACUGUCAUAGAGGCUCGGGCCACCAUCCAGGGAAAACACACACUGUACGUCCAAGCAGGCAGCACAGUGACUCUUGUGUGUGUAGUGAGGGAACAACUCCUGAUACCAGGUCUAGUGUUGUGGUACCAGGAUGACCGACUAGUCCAGCGUGAUGCAGGGAGGGUGACAGUGGUGACGCAGGUGGACAAUGUCACUAGUAGCACUCUCACCGUCACCCGCGCCAGCAGACAUGAUUCAGGCAACUAUUCCUGCUGGCCUUCUGCUGGCACGCCCGACAGUGCCAUAAUUCAUGUUAUAGAAGGUGACCCACCAGCUGCCAUGCAGCACGGAAACACAGCCGUGCAUCCAUCUGUCACGCCCGUGAUGCUGCUGCUGUUACUGGUGCUGCUGCUACUGGUGCACCCCUUCUACAGCAGCACCCUCAUCAUCUACACCUGAUAACGAUCUGGAUAAACUACCAUAUAUUCAGUUAGGUAGCGAAUGUCGUUGCUACAUCCAGAAGUCAUGUGUUUCCCCAACAUGCGGAAAUGUAUUCUUCCUUAUGGUCUUUGAAUUUAAAGGUUAAUUCCUAGCCUCUGAGGACGGUAUGAUGAAAGGCCUCAAGUUUUUUUACAAGUCCCUCCCUGUUCUUUAUUUGCAUAUAUUAUCGCUUAUUUUAAACCGGUGAGCCUGACUUAAGUCCUGGAGGUGGGAAGUACAGAGCC